UUUUUUUUUUUUCUUAAAAAAAGACGUUAAGAAACAACAACCUUCUCAGCAUUAACUGUUGCAACCUGACGACUUUAUUAUUAUUCUCAACAAUAUGCCUUUUCAAGUUGGAGUGGAGAGCGCGGAUGAGUUCACCAAAUAUCUUACCAACGUCGUGGUCGUCACAAUGACUGUAGCUUGGUUAUCGCUACUGUUUGUCCGCUCCAUUGAUGCCAAAGUGUACAAAUACAGAAAGCCAUUCAGUAUCGCCAUGACGCUGCAAUUGUUCUUUGUAACACUCCGAAAUUUAUCUACCAUGAUGUUGUCUUCGGGUUUCCCAAUCCCAUGCCAAUGGGUUGCCGUCAUUGGUGGAGUGAUCUACCAGCUAUUUGCUAUCUCAGCUGAGUGCGCCAUGUUGAUCCGCUGCAGGUCCUUUACUCGAUACCCUAGAGCCGUCACUUACCUUACCAUCCCUACCUGGAUUGUUCGUUUCGGUCUCUGUCUCUGGCUUGUUACGACCAUCAAGGCAGAAGACAACCAAGCCGGUUAUAUUUGUGACACCUCAAUGGACUACAAUCUCUCAGCAAUCAUGCAGUAUAUCAAGAUCGCGACUGAAGUCAUCAUUCUAGUCUUCUUCCUCGAGCGCGUCAUCGCCUUGCAUCGCAGUUCCCGCGGCAUGGAGGCCGACAGCAACCAUAACCAAUGGCGUCGCCUUGCUCUCAUCAACGCUGGUAUCACCUUUUUGGUCAUUCUCUUUGAGAUCCUCGUUGGACAGGUCACUGUCUACUUGACUGGCUACUUGUUCUUGACUUAUAGUUUAGUCAACUUUAUCCAGGCCACUUUAGUCGUCUUCAUUGUUGAGGAUACCAAGAAUGUGUUCAAAAAGCGCGCUGUCACGAGUAACAGUGCCUCCAAGCAGAGUAACAGUCGAAGCCAUGGACAGAACUCGAGCCAACGCGGUACCGCAACUGAUUAUGAGCACUCUACAGUCAGCUAUGCAGAUGGUAUUGCUGCAGCCAAGGCUAAUCGUAUACAUGAACCUAGUAACCACCAGCCUUGGUCCUUGACUAUGCGCAUGCCUUCCGCCCUGCCCGAUCCUGUUCCUGUGCAUUACAACUCAAAUGAACGACCCAACUCCAACUUUUAUGACUUUGGCCUAUCUGACCAAAAGAUCAACCCCUACCGCCACUGGGAAGUUGACGCAGAAUCUCAGGACACGAUUGAUGCAAGCAACCGCUGGAGACAUAAUAAGGAUGAAGAUGAGAUCCCUAUGACACUCUCCAGGAUCCGUGAAGAUCCUCAAAGACGAUAGAUCAAUAGAAAGGUAGUUUAGCCUCUCAUCUACCAACUAGAUCUCCUUUUCCAUGCAUUUCCCCUCUAUCUCUAUUUAAUUAUUCUCUUCAUUCAUCAUGCUUCAUAGUCAUAUAUUUUUACAUUAGUAACAACCAAUCAUCA